AUGGAGAAGGGAUACAGCACGGUCACCUUCGAUGGGACUCCCAGCUAUGGCCACACGCCCUCGCACCAUGCGGCACAGUUCCCCAACCACUCCUUCAAGCACGAAGACCCCAUGAGUCAGCAGGGCUCUCUGGGUGAACAGCAGUACUCGGUGCCGCCCCCAGUCUACGGCUGCCACACGCCCACCGACAGCUGCACCGGCAGCCAGGCCCUGCUGCUGAGGACGCCCUAUAGCAGUGACAAUUUAUAUCAAAUGACUUCCCAACUUGAAUGCAUGACCUGGAAUCAGAUGAACUUAGGAGCCACGUUAAAAGGAGUUGCUGCUGGGAGCGCCAGCUCAGUGAAAUGGACUGAAGGGCAGAGCAACCACAGCACGGGGUACGAGAAUGAUAACCACACAACACCCAUCCUCUGCGGUGCCCAGUACAGAAUACACACCCAUGGCGUCUUCAGGGGUAUCCAGGAUGUUCGACGUGUACCUGGAGUAACCCCAACUCUUGUGCGGUCAACCUCUGAGACCAGUGAGAAACGCCCCUUUAUGUGUGCUUACCCAGGCUGCAAUAAGAGAUAUUUCAAGCUGUCCCAUUUACAGAUGCAUAGCCGGAAGCACACUGGUGAGAAACCAUACCAGUGUGACUUCAAGGACUGUGAACGAAGGUUUUCUCGUUCAGACCAGCUCAAAAGACACCAAAGGAGACAUACAGGUGUGAAACCAUUCCAGUGUAAAACUUGUCAGCGAAAGUUUUCCCGGUCCGACCACCUGAAGACCCACACCAGGACUCAUACAGGUGAAAAACCCUUCAGCUGCCGGUGGCCCAGUUGUCAGAAAAAGUUUGCUCGGUCCGACGAGUUGGUUCGCCACCACAACAUGCACCAGAGGAACAUGACCAAACUGCAGCUGGCGCUGUGAGGGGCUGCGGGUCAGCCCUGUGGCCAGAGGAUGUGAGAGAGCAGCGUUCACAGGCAACUUCAAAUCCUUCCUCUUUCACCUUCCCGAGAAGCGAACAGCAGUGCCUCUCUUUAUCCAGCUUCAGAGACCACACUGGCCUGUGCUACUGGAUCCCACCCACUCUGUCUGGAGGAAUGGGACUCGGCCCGCUCUUAGCCAAUUCAUAGGCCCUGGAAAAGUGGCUGGUAAUAUCUGGUUAGUUACAAAAUUACAACAACAGCAAUAACAGAUCACCACUUGGUCUGUAUUUCCCACUGUAAGAAGAGCUAUUGUGGAGACUGUUCCCCCACUCACUCCUCCUCCUUUUACCCUCAUUUUCACUAGGAAUGGAGUCAUCGUACCAUUUUCCAUCAUAGAAUAUUUAUAGGCCAGGGCAUGUGUAUGUGUCUCCUAAUGUAAACUUUGUCAUGGUUUCCAUUUACUAACAGCAAGAGCAAGAAAUAAAUCAGAGAGGAAGGCCGUGGGGUGAGCCAGCUGACAUUGCCGAGGUUAGGCUGGCUGCUGACCUGCAGGCAGGAUGCAGGGCUACCAGGCCACUGAAACACUCCUGCCUGCCAGACAGCCAAGAACAACAACUCAGAGCUAACUAGUACCUUUGUACUGAAGUGUAAAUGGGUCUUAGCCAUCCACUUCAUGCCAUGGUUACAUGAGCAAAGCGCUCUUAAGAAAUCGUGUUUGAAGAUCUAAGAAGUUGUGUUUGUAUUUAGGUUGGACUUUUGUUGAGUUGUGAUCCUCUUUAUCUUCAGAGAUGUACAUAGCUCCUCACACAGAGAAAGUGGAGUUCAUUUUUACCAUCUGGGGCGUCCCUGGUGUACAGAACCACUUACUUAUGUGGCUUCAAGUUGUAAAAAUUAAAGUGACUCAAAAAAAAAUAGUAGGGACUGGUUUAGGAUCUCCACUGUUAAGAUUAUUAAAUAACUUAAAAAAAACUUUGGGUCUGCAAAUCUAUGUGGAAAAAAAAAAGAUUAGUGUGAGGAAAUCCAUUGUUUAAAGGUGGUUGGGUGUGUAUGUGCUUUUUUUUUUAAGGGGGAGUUUUUAUUAUUUACUGUUGCUUGAAACUGUUAUGUAAAUAUAUAUCUGGUAAUGAUUUUCUCCUUGACAACUAAAAUUAGGAAAUGUAUAAAAGUUAGAGGCAUCACUCUUUUGGUGUUGAUCUUACAACGUACUGAUGAUAGCACUAAAAUGUAACCUGCAUUUUUCACU